AUGUCAGGUUUUUCUCCCGUUUCUGCUCCUUUGUCCUUUAAACAUUCAAAUCUCCAGAACUUUCUUUCCUCAGUAACACCAACUGUUUCUUUACAAGCUCCCAAACAGAAAGAUGGAGACACAAUUGAGUAUUUUACUCUUGGAGAUUUGUGGGAUUGCUUUGAGGAAUGGAGUGUAUAUGGCGUUGGCAUUCCUGUUAUUCUAAAUAGUGGUGUAAGUGUUACACAAUACUAUGUGCCAUUCUUAUCUGCAAUACAAAUCUACACCAACAAACUACAACAAACUUCUCGAAACCAAAAAGAGAAUGAAGAUGUUGCCAGUACUGAGGGGAAGAAAAAAGAUGAGUCCUUAAGUAAGGAGAGGGAUGGCAUUUCCAUAGAGAGAAACAAGGAUUGUUGUGAUGAUAAGCCUUCUUCAGAGGCAGAACAACAUGGACAUCUCUACUUUCAGUUUUGUGAUACAGUCUCUCCAUAUUGGAGAAUUCCAUUCAUAGAAAAGAUUGCUGAAUUUGCAGAAGUGCAUCCUGGGCUCAUGACAUUCAAAACUACUGACUUGUCCCCUGCAAGUUGGAUUUCAGUUGCUUGGUACCCUAUUUAUCAAAUUCCAACAAAGGGAAAUCACAAGGAUCGUCUGUCAACUUGCUUCCUUACCUAUCAUGCUCUCUCAUCAUCAUCUAUUCGAGGUGGAGUGAAUCCGGACAAGGAUGAGAAUAAGAAAGGGAAGAAAGUUUUGGAAAUGGUGAAAGGAGAAGAAGGAAACAACAAUAUUAAAAAGAGUACUGGGGAUGUUCUUUAUCCAUAUCCAUUUGGGAUGGCUACAUAUAGAUUGGAUGAUGAGAUUUGGAUAAAUGCAAAUACAUUUGAUGACUAUGAGAGAAUCAUUGACCUCUACAAUGCCGCAGAGAUCUGGUGGAAGCUCGAAGUUGCGCUGGUGUUGUGGCAUGUGGUGGUGUCGUCGACUUCGAGUGGCUUAGGCUGCCAAAUACCCCCCUUGUCAAUUGAGGAAAAUCUUGAGGAAUUGGAGAGAUUUGAACAAGAAUUUAGUGUUGAUGGUGGCAAUGCAACUAGAAGGAUUGGUGAUUCUACACUUGCUAUGAUAACUGUAAUGUUAUGCUUUAUACUUCCUAGUUUAUAUUAA